GGUCUCGACCCUUCUACGGGAAACACCGACUUUGGAAAAGGCGGUACUUCCUUUAGAAAGUUGCAUUUAAACAAAACAAUUGCAUCAUCACCACAGUAACCGCAUUUCACUUCCAGCCGUUGCCCGAGAUAACAACAAAAAAAAAGGACGUGAGUUCUACUGAGCAACAGUUUUUCCUGGUCGUGGUCGUUUAUUUCGUUAGUUGGUGUUCGACAUCGACAUGUCGCGUCAACUAAUCAGACUGCUCUCUCUGUUGGCUAUUUUUCAAAUCCAUCGCUGUACAGGAUACGGUUACACCGAUAUCCCAAAGAAUUACAAUCCUGCUGGCGAUCCGUAUUACGUUGAUGUGCGACCAUCGACGGCGAGGACGACGCCCAUCGCCAACACCCCACAGCACAGCUUCACAGACUCUACUCGAGCAGCCAAGGUUUCUUCGCAAGAUCCUUCGGUUUACGACGGCUGUGGUCAGAUUAAAGGUUGUUUCGGCCUUCCGGGUGGUGUUUGCAUCGAGGAAAAAUCGUGUUCGGCCCUAGUAACUUAUGCGGUUAAUGGUCAACAUUACGAGUUCGAGUUGUGGGCCGUCAACGCUCCAGCCGAUUCGUUUGUGGCCGUUGGACUGUCGGACGACCACAUCAUGGGCGAUGAUAGUGUUACAGAGUGCACAAUUGUCAAUGGCCGAGUCAACGCCUACAUGUCUCACAACGACAACAGCAAAACAAACGUUCGACUCAAAGAUCCAAGAAGCGGAUUGAAUGUGACGCAGGCAACGUACAAGGACGGCAAUUUGUACUGUCGAUUCCAACGACAGAAACAAUUGGCCAUUGGCCAGAAAAUGUUUGACUUGUCUCAAACGUAUCACUUGCUUUUAGCUCGAGGACCAGCUUCGAACGAAGGCAUUUCUUAUCACGAGAGGCAAAAAACUGUAUCGGCCCGUUCGGUUAAACUCUCUGAAACGGCUGCAGUCGGUGCCAAUAAAGGCACGUUGGUGAAACUUCACGGCACUUUUAUGGUGACCGCAUGGAUGUUGGCCGCCUCUUGUGGCAUUUUACUGGCCCGCUACUACAAACUCACGUGGGUUGGACAGCAGUUUAUGGGCAAAGAUCUCUGGUUUGUGUACCAUCGGAUUUUACUUGCCAUCACUUGGGCAUUGACGGUCAUUGCUUUUAUCAUCAUCUUUGUCGAGCUGGGAGGAUGGACGUCCAUACCUGUGACUAGCAAUCCUCACGCAGUCAUCGGAGUCAUCACCACUGUGUUGGCUUUCAUUCAACCAUUUAUGGCUUACUUCCGACCUCAUCCGGAGGCUCCGAGACGUUACAUUUUCAACUGGGCACAUUGGCUGGUUGGCAAAUCUGCCCACACUCUUGGCAUUGUAUGCAUUUUUUUGGCCGUCGGUCUGGACAAGGCUGCCAUUCCGUAUUGGGUUACGUGGCUUCUAGUUACGUACACAGUCGUUCACGUACUCGGCCACCUCAUUUUGACGGUGGUGCAAUACUGCCAUCACGCCCCUUGGAGUCAGAAACCAACGCCUGGUAUGGCCAUGCGAGACAUGUUGCCUCCUCGUGAGAGUUAUCAAGAUUCCGCUUCACUUGCCACUACUAAAACAGACGCUUAUGGAUCACAGUUCCGCCGGAUUGUGCUGUUCAUUUACAUUUUGCUGGUGGCCGUCUUCUCUAUUGCUGUGAUUGCGACAAUAGCCAGCGGUCCUUGGGCAAAGCAAACGUGAUGUUUGUUUUUUUUAUCAAAACGCCAAUCAUUUCUUAAAACAAAUUUUUUAAAAAUUAAAGCUGUAUUUUAUUCCCUUUUAUUAGCUUCGUUCUCAUUGGUGUACAUACACGCGAGUACCUUAACUGCAAA